GACUCCAACUUGUGCAUGCAUAUAUGCGGGCGGCCAUCCCCGAACCAUGUUCUCGGUUUUCCUUUCAGUGGCCACCUUGAAGAAGAGGCCGGACAUCGAAUCUCUCGCCGGCGUUGAUUUGCUUCGUCGGGGAACGGAAUACGAAGUAUGGGCCGUAACGCUUCGAUCAAGGAAAAUAGGAAUGGGUUGUCGUCGAUUCGGUCCAUUUUCAUGCACGCCGACGACGUCGAUUUGCUGCUGAUGGCUCUUGGUUUCCUCGGGGCCGUCGGAGACGGUUUCUCCAUGCCAGUGGUGUUGGCCAUCACCGGCAAAAUAAUGAACAAUUUCGGCGGCGGCGGGGCCUCCAUCGCCGACACCUUCGAACAUAAAAUCAACAAGAAUUCAGCGACUCUACUGUACGUAGCUCUUGGGACGUGGUUUGUCUGUUUCCUUGAGGGAUACUGCUGGGCAAAAACAGGGGAGAGACAAGCCAUGAGAAUGAGAACUAGAUACCUGAAAGCAGUGUUAAGGCAAGAUGUGGGCUACUUCGAUUUGCAUGUCUCAAGCACUUCCGAUGUGAUCACAAUCGUCUCCAACGACAGCCUUGUAAUCCAAGACUGUAUCAGCGAGAAGGUUCCAAAUUUCUUGAUGAACGCGGCGACCUUCAUCGGAGGCUACGUUGUUUCAUUUCUGAUGCUAUGGAGAUUGGCUAUAGUGGGGUUCCCUUUCGUCGUGCUGUUGAUAAUCCCAGGCCUGAUGUACGGCAGAACAUUAAUGGAUUUAUCCAGGAAGAUCAGAGAAGAAUACAAUAAGGCCGGCUCGAUUGCAGAGCAGGCGAUCUUCUCCGUCAGAACCGUUUACUCUUUUGUCCGCGAGAGCAAAACCAUAGCUGAGUUUUCAGAAUCCCUUAAAGGCUCUGUAAACCUAGGGUUGAGGAUGGGGUUGGCCAAAGGCCUCGCCAUUGGAAGCAACGGUGUGACCUUCGCGAUUUGGUCGUUCUUAUGCUACUACGGCAGCAGAUUGGUGAUGUACCACGGCGCCCAAGGAGGAACCAUCUUUGCAGUCGGCGCUGCCAAUACCAUCGGCGGACUGGCUCUGGGUCAAGGUCUAUCCAAUCUGAAGUACUUCUCAGAGGCCACUUCCGCCGGAGACCGUAUAAUGGAGGUGAUAAACAGAGUACCCGAGAUCGAUUCCGACGACACCCGCGGCGAGAUUUUGCCGGUCGUUUCAGGGGAAGUGCAGUUCAAGAAUGUCGACUUUGCGUACCCAUCUAGACCGGAAACCAUGAUUUUCAAUGGCUUCAGCUUAGAGAUCCCGGCGGGGAAGACGGUCGCGCUGGUCGGCCCAAGCGGGUCGGGGAAAUCGACGGCGAUCGCGCUGUUGCAGAGGUUCUACGACGCACUUGCCGGGGAGAUCUUGCUCGACGGCGUGAACAUAGAGAAGGUUCAGUUAAAGUGGCUGAGGUCACAGAUGGGGUUGGUGAGCCAAGAACCGGGGCUUUUCGCAACCACCAUUAGAGAGAACAUACUUUUCGGGAGAGAGGACGCCGGAACAGAGGAGGUAAUUGCGGCGGCGAAAGCCUCCAACGCCCAUAACUUCAUCUGUCAGUUGCCACACGGUUAUGAAACCCAGGUUGGGGAGAGGGGCGUUCAAAUGUCAGGAGGACAGAAGCAGAGAAUUGCAAUCGCUCGCGUGCUGAUUAAAGGCCCCAAAAUACUCUUGCUGGACGAGGCGACCAGCGCUUUGGACUCGGAAUCGGAGCGAAUCGUCCAGGAGGCCCUCGACUCCGCCGCCGUCGGCCGCACCACCAUUGUCGUCGCCCACCGUCUCUCCACCAUCCGCAACGCCCAUCUCAUCGCCGUCGUCCAGAACGGCCGAGUCGCCGAGAUCGGCUCCCACGACGAGUUGACCCAGAUCCCAGACGGCCACUACAACUCCCUUGUCCGCCUCCAACAAAACGAACCCCCACAAAAUUCUCCCUCCAACGACGACGACAUUACCCAAGCCGCCGCCGCCUCCGUCGUGAGAAGCACUAGUAGCCGCCGGCACUCGGCAGCGAGCUCCGAGAGCAGCUGCCGGAUCUCGAUGGCUAGCAGGUCCAGCUCCGCAAACUCUGUCGCAGCGGCGAGUCAAGGUUCGUACCCAGACGAAGGUCGCGCAGAGGAACCGCUGCCGGUGCCAUCUUUCUGGAGACUGCUGUUGUUGAAUCUGCCGGAGUGGAAGCUGGCGACGUUGGGGUGUUGGUGUGCGGUGCUGUUCGGGGCGGUGCACCCGAUCUACGCAUUCACGAUGGGGUCGAUGAUAUCGGUGUUUUUGUUGGUGGAACACGAGAAGAUAAAGGAGCAGACGAUGAUUUACUCGUUUUGCUUUGUGGGGUUGGCCGUCUUCUCCCUCCUGGUGAACAUAGGGCAGCAUUACAGCUUCGGCGCCAUGGGAGAGUACCUGACGAAGAGGGUCAGAGAGCGGAUGCUCUCCAAAAUGCUCACUUUCGAGGUCGGGUGGUUCGACCAGGAUGAAAAUUCCAGCGGCGCCAUCUGCUCUCGACUUGCCAAUGAUGCCAACCUUGUAAGAUCACUGGUGGGUGAUCGAACGGCGCUCCUGGUCCAAACCGCGUCGGCGCUGAUCAUAGGAUGCACGAUGGGGCUGGUGAUCGCGUGGAGACUGGCGCUGGUGAUGAUCGCAGUGCAGCCCCUCAUCAUCAUCUGCUACUACGCCCGGCGAGUCCUCAUGAAGAGCAUGUCCCAGAAGGCCAUCAAGGCUCAAGAAGAAAGCAGUAAGCUCGCCGCCGAAGCCGUCUCCAACCUCCGCAUCGUCACCGCCUUCUCCUCCCAAUCCCGAAUCCUCAAAAUGCUGGCCCAAGUCCAAGAAGGCCCACGCCGGGAGAGCGCCCGACAGUCCUGGUACACUGGGUUCGGGCUCGGGGCCUCCCAGAGCCUCAUGUUCUGCACUUGGGCCCUGGACUUCUGGUACGGCGGCAAACUCAUAGCCCACGGCCACAUCACCUCCAAAGCCCUCCUCCAGACAUUCAUGAUAUUGAUUAGAACGGGCCGGGCCAUAGCGGAGGCCGGAAGCAUGACUUCGGAUCUUGCCAAGGGGUCCGACGCAGUCGGGACGGUUUUCGCAGUUCUUGACCGGGACACCCAAAUCGAACCCGACGACCCGGAAGGUUACAAACCCGAGAAGAUAACGGGGCAGGUGGAGAUCCACGAUGUGCACUUCGCAUACCCGGCCAGGCCCGACGUGAUCGUUUUCAGUGGGUUCUCGAUCAAAAUCGAUGCCGGGAAAUCAACAGCGUUGGUGGGUCAAAGCGGGUCGGGGAAGUCAACCAUCAUCGGUCUAAUCGAGAGAUUCUACGACCCGAUCAGAGGGUCGAUCAAGAUUGACGGUCGAGAUUUGAGAUCGUACCAUUUGAGGUCUCUAAGGAAACACAUAGCGCUGGUGAGCCAAGAGCCGACGCUGUUCGCCGGGACCAUACGGGAGAACAUAGCGUACGGGGCAUCCGAAAAGGUGGACGAGGCAGAGAUCGUGGAGUCGGCGAGGGCGGCGAACGCUCACGAUUUCAUAGCCGGGCUAGAGAAGGGGUACGACACUAGGUGCGGGGACAGGGGGUUGCAGCUAUCGGGGGGGCAAAAGCAGAGGAUAGCGAUAGCCCGGGCGAUAGUGAAGAAGCCGACGGUGCUUUUGCUGGACGAGGCGACGAGCGCACUGGAUGUGCGAUCAGAGAAGGUGGUGCAGGAGGCGCUGGAGAGGGUGAUGGUGGGGAGGACGAGCGUGGUGGUGGCGCACAGGUUGAGUACUAUUCAGAAUUGCGAUACGAUAGCGGUGUUGGAGAGGGGGGGAAAGGUGGUGGAGAAGGGGACGCACUCGUCGUUGCUGGCGAAGGGGCCUAAGGGGGCGUACUACAAUUUGGUCAGCCUCCAAACUAAGCCUUUUCCUUUCCAAAUCUAGACAUGAACGAAUGGAGGAGCGAAUAUAAGGUGGAUAUUAUGCAGCAGUUGUCGGUUUUAUUUUGACCAAGAAUGCGUUAAAUUGAAUAUGUUAGUUUUAAUAUUUUAAAAAUAUUAACUGCUACUUUAAUGAUUUGGUAUUUAUGAUUAUUGAAGUUAUACU